GGCGCGGGCGGUGCAGGUGCGGGGCCGGGAGCGAGCAGCGGCGGCGGCGGUGUCGGCGGCACCAUGGGCCGGGCCCGGCGCUUCCAGUGGCCGCUGCUGCUGCUGUGGGCGGCCGCGGCGGGGCCAGGGGCAGGACAGGAAGUGCAGACAGAGAAUGUGACAGUGGCUGAAGGCGGGGUGGCGGAGAUAACCUGCCGUCUGCACCAGUAUGAUGGCUCUAUAGUUGUCCUUCAGAACCCAGCCCGGCAGACCCUCUUCUUCAAUGGCACCCGAGCCCUGAAGGAUGAGCGUUUCCAACUUGAGGAGUUCUCCCCCCGCCGGGUACGGAUCCGGCUCUCCGAUGCCCGCCUGGAGGAUGAGGGGGGCUACUUCUGUCAGCUGUACACAGAGGAUACCCACCACCAGAUCGCCACACUCACUGUGCUGGUGGCCCCGGAAAAUCCCGUGGUGGAGGUUCGGGAGCAGGCGGUGGAGGGCGGUGAAGUGGAGCUCAGCUGUCUGGUUCCGAGGUCCCGCCCAGCUGCUGUCCUGCGGUGGUACCGGGACCGCAAGGAACUGAAAGGCAUGAGCAGCGGCCAGGAAAAUGGCAAGGUGUGGAGCGUGGCGAGCACCGUGAGGUUUCGUGUGGACCGCAAGGACGACGGCGGUAUUGUCAUCUGUGAGGCGCAGAACCAGGCGCUGCCCUCCGGGCACAGCAAGCAGACGCAGUACGUGCUGGACGUGCAGUACUCCCCCACAGCCCGGAUCCAUGCCUCCCAGGCUGUGGUAAGGGAAGGCGACACCCUGGUGCUGACUUGUGCUGUAACAGGGAACCCCAGGCCAAACCAGAUCCGCUGGAACCGUGGGAAUGAGUCUUUGCCCGAGCGGGCUGAGGCUGUGGGGGAGACGCUUACGCUGCCGGGGCUCGUGUCUGCGGAUAACGGCACCUACACUUGCGAGGCGUCAAACAAGCACGGCCACGCGAGGGCGCUCUACGUGCUAGUGGUCUACGACCCUGGUGCGGUGGUAGAGGCUCAGACGUCCGUGCCCUACGCCAUUGUGGGCGGGAUCCUGGCGCUACUGGUGUUUCUGAUCAUAUGUGUGCUGGUGGGCAUGGUCUGGUGCUCAGUACGGCAGAAGGGCUCUUAUCUGACCCAUGAGGCCAGUGGCUUGGAUGAGCAAGGAGAAGCAAGAGAAGCCUUUCUCAAUGGCAGCGAUGGACACAAGAGAAAAGAAGAAUUCUUCAUCUGACCCCACAUUCACCCCAGGUCUGGGCCUGGGCAGGGGUCCACCCCACUGCCAGCUGCAAAGACAUUUACCAGAGUCUGGGAUGGUGGGCAUCUCCCCCCACCACUAACACCUCAGACGUUUGGGCAGGGAUGGGGGUGUCCGAUGCCUGGGUCUCUGCAAGAGCCAGAAGCAAGGGCCCAGAGGUCUGGGUCCUCCAGGGGGCAGGGGCCAAAUGUCCAGACCCCCUAAGUCCAGGGAGGGCACUAGGGAUUGGGUUUGGGGAAGAUAACUGGGGGAAGGCCAGAGCCCCUAGCAGCAGAACCAGGUCUUGUGGGGAGGGGGUCAGAUUCUGGGAAGGGCAGGGUGGGCAGGGAAGGGUAAUAGAUUUCUUUGGGGGUCCCAGACCCCAUGCCAGCCAUUGUAGGAGUUCCACAGAGCUCUGGGCACCUCUUUGCAAAGCCAUGUUUGCACGGUGGGGGUAAGGGUGGGGGGGAGGGCGUGGAAACUGGGAUUGUGUGUCUUUGUGUCAUAACUUUGAUGGGGGUGGUGAGGGAGACAGCCUGAACCCUUUUCUCCAGUUCCCCUUCCCCAGGUUCCCGGAUUCCCUUUUUCUCCACCUCCUUCCCCUACAUCUCUCCCACCCGUAUUUGUCUCUCUGUCCACCCAGUCCUUAGGGGGGCCUUCCCCAUCUCUCCUCCAGGCCCCCAAGGGAUGGGGAAGGGAGAAAAGGGGGGGUGCAUUGGUCUCUAUGGUUUUAUAUAUAAUAUAUUAAAAAAUCAAAAAUCUGUAUGAAAAUAUCAGAUUGUGCCCCCCCCUCCCCAUUCCUGGCUUUUGCCCCCUUUUUCUUGUUUUAAAAAAAAAACACAUUUUGUACGGGGCGGGGUGGGAAGCGGGGAGGGGGUUUGGCAAUCCCACUAACCACCAUUAAACUGAGGAGAGAACAA